AAUAGAUCGUGAUGAAGAGAAAAUUGAUCUUGUUGAAGAAAAGAAAUUAAUCGAAGAACUUGCAAUUAUUCCAGAAAAACCUGUCAUUCCAAUAAAAAAAGAAAUAGAUCGUGAAGAAGAAAAAAUUGAUCUUGUUGAAGAAAAGAAAUUAAUCGAAGAACUUGCAAUUAUUCCAGAAAAACCUGUCAUUCCAAUAAAAAAAGAAAUAGAUCGUGAAGAAGAAAAAAUUAAUUUUGUUGAAGAAAAGAAAUUAAUCGAAGAACCCGCAAUUAUUCCAGAAAAACCUGUCACUCCAAUAAAUCGCGAUGAACAAAAAAUCGAUUUGAUUACAGAAGAAGAAAAAAUAAGUCCAGAACCUGUGAUUGUCCAAAAGGAAAUUACUAGUCCGAUAGAAAGAAUCGCAGAAGAACCUAUAAAGAAAAUUCCAAUGGAGAAACCUGAGAUUAUCGAAAACGAAAUUGAACAGGCGCCAGGACCAAAAAUUGAAUUGGAACCGUCGCGAGAAUUAGAAGAGCACUUUAUGCCAGAGGAGCCCAUGGAAUAUGACGAAGAGGAAGAAGGCAAAACUGAAUAUGAGCAAUAUAUCGACGAGGAAUUGCAGGAGAUUCUACCCGCCGUAAUAGCGAGGGAAAUUCCAGAGGAGCCGAGGGCGGUGCGUACUGAAAUUUCCAGGAAUGCGGCCACCUUGUACGAGAAAAUCGAUCACGAAAGACCUGUCAGACCACCGAGGGAGCGAGAAGCAGUGACCGCAAUGCCUGAAGAACGACCGGUUAGAGAAGAAGUAUCUGUGAGACGAGCUCUCGAGAACUCGAGGCUGGCAGAACAGAUUGUUUUACCUGCAGAAGAUGCUUGCGAGGAGACAUGUCCUUUAGUAAAAGAGCAGAAAGAACGCAUUAUGCGUAAAUUGAAGAUGCGGCAGCGAAUCGUAGAUCAUUAUUAUCUGACGAAAGGUUUUAACUACUUCGAGGACGUAUGCACGUGUUCUUUGGCUUGUAUGGUGUAUACUUUGAGCAGGGAUCCGUUUGUGAAGAGUAUAUUCGCGUCUUUCGCAUUGUUUGCAAUCGGAUUGAAGCUGUGCUCCGAGCUAGAUGCGUGGGAGAUGCCGAAUCGCAUUUCAUAAGACCAAAAUAUCGAUAAUGGCCAACAUGUAAUCUUCAUCUAAGCCUCUUAUAGAACCGCGACAAUUUGCAUUUAGAUUAACAAGACCCCCAUUAACUGAAUGUGU